GAUGUGUUGGUGGUGAACUGCUCGACAGACUUCAUGUCCUCUCACCAGGUGCUAGCCACCUGCCGGACGGCGCUGAAGAAGCAGGGGUUGUGGGAUUGAACAUGGCUCCGUGCAUGAGAGCCUUCCUGGAGAGGCUGCCUGUUAUGCUGCAGGAGCAGUACUCAUACGAGAAGCCCCACGUCGUGUGUGGAGAACAGCUAGUCCACAGCCCCUACAUGCAGUGCCUGGCCUCCCUGGCCGUGGGGUUACACCUGGAUCAGCUCCUGUGCUCCCCUCCCGUCCCCCCCCACCUCCGCCUCUGUCCCCUGGAGCCAGCCACCUGUACCUGGUCACCCGGCGAGUGGGCGUGGCUAGACUGCUUCUCCACCACGGUGAAGGCAGCGGAGGCCCUGGCUCGGGGCAACACGUUCCCAGAGGCCUUUGCUGUUCCCGACCUGGAGCCUGUAACCAAGGAGGAGAUGGUCCUUCUCAUGGACAACAGUACAUGGGGUUCUGGUAUGGAUGAACAGAUCAUGUCGUGGGCCACCUCCAGACCUGAGGACUGGCACCUGGGAGGGAAGUGUGAUGUGUUUCUGUGGGGAGCUGGUCGACACGGACAGCUGGCAGAGGCUGGCAGAAACAUCCUGGUGCCCACCAACGCACCCUCCUUCUCACAGGCACAACAGGUGGUGUGUGGUCAGAACUGUACGUUUGUGAUUCAGGCUAACGGGACAGUGUUAGCCUGUGGGGAGGGCAGCUACGGCAGACUGGGUCAGGGCAACUCUGAUGAUCUGCAUGUCCUCACCGUCAUCUCAGCCCUGCAAGGCUUUGUGGUGACCCAGCUGGUGACGUCGUGUGGCAGCGACGGUCACUCCAUGGCGCUGACAGAGAGCGGCGAGGUGUUCAGCUGGGGAGACGGAGACUACGGGAAGCUGGGACACGGAAACAGUGACCGCCAGAGACGACCGCGACAGAUCGAAGCCCUGCAGGGAGAGGAGGUGGUGCAGAUGUCCUGCGGGUUCAAGCACUCCGCGGUGGUGACCGCUGAUGGGAGGCUGUUCUCCUUUGGGAACGGGGACUAUGGCAGGCUUGGGCUGGGAAACACCUCCAACAAGAAGCUCCCUGAGAAGGUCACUGCGUUGGAGGGGUACCAGGUUGGACAGGUGGCGUGUGGUCUGAAUCACACCGUAGCCGUCUCCGCCGAUGGAAUGAUGGUCUGGGCCUUCGGAGACGGAGACUACGGGAAACUGGGCCUGGGGAAUUCUACCGCCAAGUCCUCACCUCAGAAGGUGGACGUUCUCUGUGGCCUCGGCAUCAAGAAGGUGUCCUGUGGAACUCAGUUCUCUGUUGCCCUCACUAAAGAUGGCAACGUGUACACGUUCGGACAAGACCGACUGAUAGGGCUGCCGGAAGGCCGGGCCAGGAACCACAACCGUCCCCAGGUGGUGCCAGCUCUGUCUGACGUGUUUAUACAGGAUGUGGCUGUGGGGGCCGAACACACACUGGUCCUGUCCUCCACCGGAGAGGUCUAUACCUGGGGCAGCAACUCAGAGGGACAGUUGGGUCUGGGCCACACCAACCAUGUGAGAGAGCCCACCCUGGUGACAUCACUACAGGGAAGGACAUUCACCAGGUCUCUGCUGGUCGCUGUCACUCUGCUGCCUGGACCGCUCCGUUCCUCCGUCCCCCUCCAGCUAGGCCUGCCGUCAGCGGUGCCUCCCCAGUUCAGCUCUCUGAGAGGUAACCACCCCUCCCUCAACCUCAGCCCCAACAACCACAUCUCACACAACCUCAGCCCCAACAACCAG